AUGCAACGCAUCGUCGCCUUUAUCUACCGAAUACUGGAACAACUGGCGUCUCAAACGGUGAUCAUGCUGCUGCCUGCCAUGUUCUUAUCAGGAUUCACCAUAUGCUGCUGCUGCCAAAAAAAUCUAAUUCCAAAAGCUCAGUACUCCAAUGAAUCAGAAACAAGCCGAAUUUCAUCGGGAUCAAGUUCUUCAUCAAGUAGCAGUCCGAUUUCCGAGACCGUGAAAAAUGGACAUGCAACAACAGCUGAGGAAAGGGAAGCUUUCCGUUUGUGGCUACUCUCAUUGAAGUCUGCAGAGAACAAUAGAUUCUCUCAACUUAACUGCGAAAAAACGCAAAGCACCAUGGAUGUGGAUUCUACCCAACUAGAUAGCACUCGUUCAACUGAUUUUCGUGGACGAAACAAGGCCCAAAUAAAGGCGUUAGAAGCGGAAAUGCAAUCAGACCGCGAUUCAGAUCGGGAUAAAACUACGGAAGCAGUAAAACCAGUAAAUGCAGAAGGAUCGAAGAUUAAAUGGGCAGACUCAAAAUGCGUAGUAUUCGAGACAUCGGAAGAGAACACGUUGGAUGACGAUGAGGUACCAGACGAACCCGAUUUUUGGUGA